AUGGGUCAACAAUGUUGGAUUAUAUUAACAGGAGAUAAAGUUGUUAGUGAUCUUUUACAAAAACGCGGUGGAAAAUAUUCAUCUCGUCCACCAAAUUAUUAUUUUUUUCAAAUAUUGACAAGAGGCAAAGGGUUUGUUAAUUGCCCAUAUAAUGGAAGAUAUAAAAUGCUUGCACCAAUUAUACUCGAAAUUUUAAGUCAACGAGCUGUAAAAGAACAUUCUAAUUUAAUUGAUUCACAAUAUCGUAUACUUAUGCAAAAUAUUUAUCGAACUUCAACGAAUACAAAUGAUAGCAUGUAUCCUAAAUGUCAUUUUCAACUAACAAGUUUAAAUAUAAUUACUACCUUAUGCCUGGCUAGGAGUAUAAAAGAUACAGAAGAUCCGUUUUAUAAAGAAUUUGAAGCUUUUAUGAAAUUUCAUUUGAAUCUUAUCCAAGUAACAAAUAGAUUAUCUGAUUUUUUCCCGAUAUUGAGAUGGUUUCCGAAUAAUAAAUUAUAUCAUGAUGUAAUCAAAGAUAGAAGAAUGAUUGAAACUUUAUAUGGAAAAUUAAUUGAAGAAGUUAAAAACGAUAAUGAAAAGAAACCUUGCUUCAUUAGAAGUUUACUUUGUAAAGUUGAUGAAGGAAUUCUGGAUGAAUUGGAUGUUGUUUAUAUAAUAAAUAAUAUUUUUAGUGCUGGAACUGACACGGUUUCUUCAAGUUUAACAUGGAUCACGGCUGCUUUAGCCAAUAAUUCUCAUAUUCAAGAUAAAGCCCAUCAAGAGCUUGAUCAAGUAAUUGGGCAUUCUCGUUUACCGAAUGCUUCUGAUGAACCAAACUUGCCUUAUAUACGUGCAAUUAUCAAAGAAGGUCAGAGAUACUGUGGACCGGUUUAUCUUGGCGUGUCUCAUUAUACUGAAGAAGAUGAUGAAUAUAAUGGAUAUCAUAUUCCAGCAAAUUCGGUUGUUAUUUUAAACCAAUAUGGAAUUCAUAUGAGUGAGAAAAUAUAUGAAAAUCCAAAAGAGUUUAAACCUGAAAGAUUUUUUGGUAUUAAAGAAAGUAGUGCAACUUUAGCAAAAGGAAAGUUUGAAGAUAGAGAUCAUUACGGAUUUGGAGCUGGAAGAAGACUUUGUGCUGGAAUUCAUAUGGCCGAACUUGAGCUUUUUUUGGGUGUUUCACGCCUUCUUUGGUGCUUCAAAAUUGAAAAUGCAUCACCACUUGAUAAAAUCGGCAAACCAAUACUGAUUAAUUUGGAAAAGGCACAUUUGGGUGCAACUGUAUGGCCGGAAAAGUAUCAUGUUAAAUUUAUAAAAAGGCAUGAUAAUGUUGAAAAAGUUUUAUUGAAUGAAUAG